UAAAAGAGAAGGAAGAGAGAAAAGGGGCGCAGCGUGAUGCUCCGUGGCACGAGGAGGGACGAACGGACGCAUCAAGAGGAGCGUGGAUCCGGUGGGAUGACCGAUGAAGAGAUGCCGACCGGGAGAGGAGCGGCCGCGGCGCGCUCCGUCUGAGCGCUCCUCGAACCUUCAUCCUUCAUGUUGCAGAAGCAGCCUGUUUUAUGACGAUGGAUUACCUGCUGUGGGUGUGCAGCCUCAUUGUGCCCGCGGUGCUGGCUGUGGAAGAAACCCUUAUGGACAGUCGGUGCACCACAGAGUUGGCUUGGACAUCUUCCCAGAGAGCGGGUGAGUCAUGGGAGGAGGUUAGUGGCUACGAUGACUCCAUGAGUCCAAUCAGAACCUACCAGGUGUGCAAUGUUCGGCAGCCCAACCAAAACAACUGGCUGAGGACGGACUUCAUCCCCCGCAAGGGUGUGCUGCGCGUCUAUGUAGAGCUCAAGUUCUCCGUCCGCGACUGCGCCAGCAUCCCCAACAUCCCCGGCUCCUGCAAAGAGACCUUUAACCUGUUCUACUAUGAGUCUGAAGGCGACACAGCGACUGACACCACCCCUCUGUGGAAGGAGAACCCUUACGUGAAGGUGGACACCAUCGCCCCAGAUGAGAGUUUCUCUCUGUUGGAGGCCGGCAGGAUCAACACCAAAGUGCGCAGCUUCGGCCCGCUUUCCAAAGCCGGGUUCUACUUGGCGUUCCAGGACCUCGGCGCCUGCAUGUCACUCAUCUCAGUCAGGGUUUUCUUCAAGAAGUGCUCCACCACCAUCGCCAAUUUCGCUGUCUUCCCUGAGACGGCUACAGGUGCAGAGGCAACAUCCCUUGUCAUCGCUCCAGGUGCCUGCGUGUCCAACGCCAUGGAGGUGUCCGUCCCUCUCAAGCUCUACUGCAAUGGCGAUGGCGAGUGGAUGGUUCCGGUGGGCUCAUGCACCUGCGUGGCUGUCGAACCAUCUCCGACAGCACGCAGGUGCCAGGCGUGCAUCUCUGGGACUUUCAAAUCAAAAUACGGUGAAGGAUCCUGUAUUCUCUGCCCUCUGAACAGCCGCACCAGCGCCAGAGGAGCCAAUAUUUGCCCCUGCUUGAACGGCUUCUACCGUGCUGACAGUGAUUCCCCCGACUCUGGCUGCACCACCAUCCCUUCAGCGCCUCAGAACGUCAUAUCAAGCGUGAACGAGACCUCGCUCUCUUUGGAGUGGGAGGAGCCAGAGGACAUGGGCGGGCGGAGCGACUUGGUCUACAACGUCGUUUGCAAGAAAUGCCUGAGGGAUCGCAGCCCGUGCACGCGCUGCGACGACAACGUGGACAUCGCCCCUCGGAGGCUCGGCCUGAGACAGAAGAAGGUGGUCGUAAGGAAUUUGCAGGCGCACACCCGCUACAGCUUUGAGAUCCAGGCUGUCAAUGGAGUGUCUGGGAAGAACCCUUCGUCACCAAGCUACUCCACCGUCAACAUCACCACCAACCAAGCUGCGCCUUCAGCAGUGCCAACGAUCCACUUGAUGCGAUCCACCUCAGACACUCUCAGCCUGUCGUGGCUGCCCCCUGAGAAGCCCAAUGGGGUCAUCCUGGACUAUGAGAUUAAGUAUCAUGAGCGGGGCCAGGCGAUGUCCCACACCGUAACAUCCCAGCACAGCUCAGCAAAGGUGGAGGGGCUGAAGGCCGCCACUUCCUAUGUGGUGCAGGUCAGAGCCCGCACGGUUGCCGGGUACGGUCGCUAUAGUAACCCCAUGGACUUCAGUACCAGCCUCCAAAGUGACCCUCAGAAGUCGGUGCAGGACCAGCUGCCUCUCAUCAUUGGCUCCGCCUCUGCAGGCCUAAUGGUCGUCGUUGCCUUAGUGGUUAUUGCUGUUGUCUGCCUUAAGAAGCAGCGCAGCGGCUCUGAGUUGGAGUACACCGAAAAACUGCAGCAAUACAUAUCUCCAGGUGUCAAAGUGUACAUUGACCCUUUCACAUAUGAGGACCCCAAUGACGCCAUCCACGAGUUCGCCAAAGAAAUCGACAUCUCCUGUGUGAAAAUAGAGGAAGUCAUCGGUGCAGGUGAAUUUGGCGAGGUGUGCCGCGGGCGGCUGAAGCAGCCUGGUCGCCGGGAGAUGGUGGUGGCGAUUAAGACGUUGAAAGCUGGCUACACUGAGCGCCAAAGGCGAGAUUUCCUCGCCGAAGCGUCGAUCAUGGGCCAGUUUGACCACCCAAACGUGAUCCGACUGGAAGGCGUCCUAACACGAAGUUGCCCCGUCCUUAUCAUCACUGAAUUCAUGGAGAACGGAGCGCUGGAUUCCUUCCUCAGGCUGAACGACGGGCGUUUCACCAUGACGCAGCUGGUCGGGAUGCUGCGCGGCAUUGCUGCAGGGAUGAAGUACCUCUCAGACAUGAACUACGUUCACAGGGACUUAGCUGCCCGGAACAUCCUGGUCAACAGCAACUUGGUGUGCAAAGUGUCUGAUUUCGGUCUGUCACGCUUCCUGGACGACACGUCAGCUGACCCAACAUACACAAGCUCCCUGGGAGGGAAGAUUCCCAUCCGGUGGACAGCGCCAGAGGCCAUCGCCUUCAGAAAGUUCACCUCAGCCAGCGACGUGUGGAGCUACGGUAUCGUCAUGUGGGAGGUGGUGUCCUACGGAGAGAGGCCGUACUGGGACAUGAGCAACCAGGAUGUGAUGACGGCUGUGGAACAGGACUACCGGCUGCCCCCGCCCAUGGACUGCCCUAUGGUGCUGCACCAGCUGAUGCUGGAGUGCUGGAUGAAAGAGAGAAACCUGAGGCCUAAGUUCUGCCGCAUCGUCAGCACCCUGGACAAACUGCUCCGAAAUGCUGCCAGCCUCAAGGUGGUGACCAGCACCUACUCUGGGGAUCUGCUGCGGCUCGGAGGCACGCUGCCGGGACACAACAGGAACAGUCCGGACAACGGUCAGGAAAUCAUUCGGCAGCAGAUGAGCCAAACUCUCCCCAUCAGAGUGUGAGCGCACAGGAACGCAAAGUGGACGAGGCAGAACGAAUAGAAACUACCUAAAACUCUCACGUGAAGAGCGCCGUGUAACAUAGAAAAAA